AUGGACUUUCAUCAUCAACAUGAUGAACACCAUCCCUACACACAAAGAUACCAACAUGCAUCCAUGGUCGAUCCAUCACAACUCUAUUGCUUUAAAACUCUCCAACAAGCGAUUCAAAAUCAACCACAAGCAAGUGUCAAUCUCAUUUUGGGAAAGAAGAAUGAAUCAGCAUUCAAUGUUCCAUUCUGCACACUUGAAAAUCCAUGUCAACACAUUCAACAAGUAUUACGAGAAUUGAACAACUUGAUGAAUAGCACCGCAUUUGCAUUAUUCAUUUCAAUGCCACAAACAAGAGCAGUAGUAGUCAAUGUUCAAAUAAUGGACGAUAUGGAAGAAGAGAAUUUGGAUAAUGUUCUUGAAACUCCACUGUAUCCUAGACUUCAAUAUUAUUUUGUAUUUUCAAGCUAUUCAAAGUCUCAAAAAACUUUACAGUUUAACACACCUUCAGUUCUUCGUCCAGAUGUACCUCACUCCAUUAUCAAAUCCAGGCCAGAUUUAGCAUGGGUAGUAUUCUUUAACUUGAAUAUUGAAAAUUUAUACUUCAUGUCAACUCAAAUCUCAGGACUUUCAUUUUGUUCAUCCAUACUCAAUUCUACCUUCGUCCAAUUAGACUCGACCAUGCAAACAUUUAGCGUAGAAACAUCUAUUGUUGAAAGUUCUGAAUUAUUAGUACGAAGUCCUUUGAGUGUCUAUGUGUUGUACACAAAAUUUUAUUCAUUCAACGAGCUCUAUUUUAGAAACAUGCAAUUAACUGUCCUUUCAAGUCUAAUUGUACGCGAUAGUGGAAUUAGAUUGACCGUAGAGAAUGGUGAAAAGAUGUUUCUCCAAAACAGCCAAUUUCAAAAUUAUCAUUUAGAAUUAACAACCACCAACAUUAAGGAAUUACACAUCUCUUACACACAAUUCAUUAAUAGUACAAACUUUAAUGGUAUUGUGACCUCUACUCAUGGUCAGUUGUUUCUGGUUGCAGUGUGUACCUUUAAGGGAUCAGGUCCAUUUCUAUUUGUGAGAGCCUAUAAGAGAGUGGAAUCACUUCAACUUGGAAUUGAGAACAAUGUGAUCAUACCAUCCUUUAUUUAUCAAGCCAUGUUUGGAAUUAUCACAGUUCAGAGUUCUAUUGAGGUAUACAUGGAGUCUUGUUAUUUUAGAAAUAACACUGGAUUGGGCAAAGCUUCUUCUCUCUACCUUUCAGAUAUAGAUCGAUUUACAAUUAAUGCAACACAAUUCAUUGAUGGUUCAAAGGGAAGUGCGAUCGUGUUGGAGAAUUAUCACACACAUUAUUUGUAUGGAGCCUAUAACACAAUCAUUACGAAUUGUUUAUUUGAGAAUAACCAAUGUGAGGAGUUUGGAUGUGCCUUCAAUGAUGCAAACUUGGCCCUUGACCUCACUGUGAAGGAUAGCAUAUUCAGAAAUAACAAGGCAGCCUUGGGAGGUGGAGCUAUUUAUAUUGAAACUGCCAUCCAUUUCAAUCUAUUGAAUUGUACCUUUGAGGGAAAUCUUGUGACCUACCAUGACAAGGUCUAUUACACAGAUGGACGACGUCAAAUAGGUGCAGGUGGUGCUGUGAAUAUCUUUUCCUUUUUACCACCUGUGGAAGUUAGCAGUUUCAUUCGAGACUGUACAUUUAUCAAAAAUACAGCGGCUGUAGGAGGUGCAUUGUUUUAUGUGGGCCUCUCUACCAAAUCAGUUGAAAAUUGUGAAUUUAAGGAAAAUCUUGCCCUUGUAAAAGGUGGAGCAAUUUUUCAUUACAAUUGUCAGCUUAAUGAAACCAACAUGAAAAAUGUGAAAUUUGAUCAUAAUAUGGCAUUAAUAUUUGGAGAUGACUAUAUUUCAGAUAUUACUAAUUUCUCCUUUAAUCUUGACGAUGGAGUUUCCAUGUUAGAAUUUAUGCCUGGAGAUUCUAUAGUGUUGAAUGGAACAGCCCUCUCAUUGAAUACAACGGUUCCUCUCUUCUUGGAAACAAUCUACAUUGACACCUCAAAUCCUCAGUUGUAUGUCAUAUCAAAGGAGUUUAGCAAUUAUUUAAACAUUUCCGUGUACAUUCGUGCGAAUGAUUCAAAUUCUGUGGUUUACGGAAUUCACAACACCACCAUGAGAACUGAAGUCUCUCCAAAAGAAAGAUUCCUUCCAUUCAAAAUUAAUCCAUGCAAAGAAGGCUAUCGAUUGGCUUUGGUCGAUGUGGAUGGAACUUCCUCUCUCUAUUCAUGCCAAUUCAAUCAAGAACUUCCCAUUGCCAUCAUAUUGAUUGUUGUGGUGCCCAUUGUGUUCAUCUUCUUUUUCAUUGGCACUUGUAUUGGUGUAUUGUGUGGUGUGAAUGUUUGUGUAGAUAUACGACGACGACUAAAACGUUUGCAAGAUAAGGAGAAGGCAGAAUUAUCGGUCGAACAGAAAAUUAUUGAUAAGGCCAUCGUUUUUAAUAUCAAUCAAGAUGAUUAUGUAGAAGCAUUCACCUCUUCUUCUUCUUCUUCUUUGGACAAGCACUAUUCUCAAAGUACGAGUAUGAGUCAUGAAAGUAUGAAGAAGAAGAUGAAUCGCAAAGAUGAACUUGGCUCUCCCUUAUUAGCAUUGAACCAAACCGAAGUACUCACCAUAGAGAUGGAGAGGAAACCAAUGUCAUUCCUAAUUCCCAUUACAGAUUUGGAAAUUAUAAAGAAGAUUGGUGAAGGAGGUCUUGGAACUGUGUAUCAUGGAAAAUGGAAGGACAGAGAUGUGGCCAUCAAGUCUCUAAAGACUCGAAUGGAUGAUGAUGAUGAGAAUGAUGAAUUUGAAAAGGAAGUUUCUCUUCUAGCCUCACUACGUCAUCCUUGUAUUUUGACAUUCUUUGGAGUUGCAGUUUCAAAGGAAAACAAAUUUAUGGUCACCGAGUAUUUAGAGAAUGGCUCUUUGGAACGAAUUAUUUAUAAUUGCAAAAUUGGAAGACAAUCCUUGUCCAUUCUUGACAAAUUGAGAAUUUUACAAGAUGUGGCAAGUGGAAUGGAUUAUUUGCAUUCAUUGUCACCUGCAAUCGUUCAUAGAGAUUUGAAACCUGGUAACGUGUUACUCGAUAAAAACAAUCGAUGUAAGGUCUGUGACUUUGGUUUGUCAAGAACAAUUGGAACCACCACUUCCUACACCAUGACAAGGAAUGUUGGUACACUCCUAUACAUGUCUCCAGAAAUGAUUAGUGAAGAAGAUGGAACUUUUGAUUCCUUUUAA